UAAAAACCUUCCUCAUGAUUUUGCUUCAGUAUUCAUAAUAAACUUCAAAGUGUUUCAUCUAUCGUUUACCUAAUAUUUACGUUUCAAAAUGAAAGUGCUAGCGUGUUUUCUUCUUCUGACAGUGCUCACAAUUGCACACGCCCGAACAAAUCGUAAAUACACAAGUCGUUAUGACAAUAUAAAUUUAGAUGAAAUUUUAGCAAACCGAAGACUGUUGAUGGGGUAUCUCAAAUGUCUGCUAGACCAGGGCAAGUGCUCUCAUGAUGCCAGAGAACUCAAAUCACACAUUAAGGAAGCGUUAGAAGACAAUUGCGCGCAAUGCACAGACGCGCAGAAAUCAGGCAUGAGACAGGUGAUGGGACAUUUGAUCAACCACGAAAAAGAGUACUGGACCAAACUCACAGCCAAAUACGACCCUGAAAGAAAAUAUGUAAUUAGAUACGAAAAAGAAUUACGAGAGCUUUCUUCGUAACUAAGUCAUUCUUCGUCUAUUUCCUGUUAUAACCAAUUGUAGCCUGUUUCCGCUUAGGUAGAGUCAUGCGGCAUGCCGCUCAGUGGAAAUAAGGAUCAAAUUUACUUACUUUUUUGCUACCAGUUAAAAAUUUCGUGUAUCUUUGUAAUUGUAAAGUUAUUCAAUACUAUUUAGUUGGUAUUUAACGUAUUAAAGAGUUGUAAGUUA